UUGCGUAUUUCAAUCACACUGAAUGGUAAGCAGUGAAGUUUACAUGGGUCCGAUGAAUGUUGUGAAGUAGUCUGCAAGUGCAUCAUCAUACAUCGCCACCGGUGUCUUGAAAAUGCAUACCUAAAGCUGAUGGAGAAAGUUACACAUAGUGAUGUUACCGAGACAAAGAGGUUGUAACAAUGAGCAGAAGACUUCAAGCGACGAAGGACAUCUGUCUGUUUAUUUCUUCACUUGGAUUAAUUAAGUAAAUAAAACGACCUGCCACUGAUCACCUAGUGAGCCAAUGAGAAUGCCCGGUUCAUCAAGUUGAAAUCCGACUCAAGAAGUUUCAACCAGUUUGAAGCUGCAUCGUGACAGCAUGGUGAAGCUAACAUUGGACUUGAUUGCUCGGACAUCGAGCAGUACAAGAAAAAAGCGAGAAGAAAACCUGCAGCAGUAUCUGAAGAGAUUAACACACUUAUCGUUUGCUGAGAAGAACAUAGAUGAAAUAGAUGAUCUGUCGCAAUGUCGGAAUCUGUCCGUUCUCUAUCUCUAUGACAACAGUAUACCACAGAUCCCCAAUCUUGGCUUUGCUGCCAACCUGACCCAUCUGUAUCUACAAAACAACCAGAUCGGGCAGAUUGAGAGGUUAUCACCGCUACAAAAACUUUCAAAGCUGUAUCUAGGAGGCAACUGCAUAACAGUUCUGGAAGGUUUCGAGAAACUGGAACAGUUGAAGGAACUGCACAUGGAGCACCAGAGACUACCGAGGGGGGAAAAGCUGCUGUUUGACCCCCGAUCACUUGCCUCUCUCUCGGUGUGUCUACAAGUCCUGAAUGUCUCCGGUAACAAUCUCGAUGAAAUCACGGACCUGCGUCUCCUCCAGAAACUCACCCAGUUCAUCUGCAGCGACAACAAACUCCGAGAUCUCAAGACCGUGGCCAACGUGAUAGCCUGGUGGCCUUACUUAUGGAGGCUAGAUCUGUCGGGCAAUCCACUCAGCCACAGAGCCAAGUACAGAGACAGGGUCAUCGUUAUGAAUGAAAAACUGGUUGUCUUAGAUGGGAAGGAGAUUAACCAGACGGAGAAAAUGUUCCUGAUGAGUUGGAAGGAAGCGAAAGAAGCAAAGAGAAAACAGAGAGAAGAGGCUGAACAGAUGAGGCCAGAGCUAGACGGGUUUGCCCCACCGUUACCCAUUGCUGGAACAGGUCGGGAGUUACCCCCAGUCAUGCCGCCCAAAAGCUCCAAAUCGAAGCAAGGCGGUCUGAAGAACAUCUACAUCAUGCCGAGCAUGGUGGGAGGCAAGAAGAGAUUUGAGGCCGUCUUGGCCAAGUCUCAGAGUCUGCCAAACUCCGCCUCUAAGCUCAAGGCUGACAGGACGGUACCGGUCAGGCAGAUAGUAGCUCCUGGAGUGCUGAAGAAGAGUCACAGUGACUUGGAACGCUCAGCGAGAGCGAUGAUGAUGCACGAGUCAAGGCAUACCAGCUACCCAGACGCAUCAGGUUUUGGUGCGGCAAGCGGCAAAAUGCAUCCAAUGAUGAAUGGAAAUCACAUUGUGCCUUCAAGCAUCUUGCUUUGAAUAGGAGCAUCCUAAAUUCAUCAUUUUGGAAAGGUGGAUAGUGCCAACAUGUGCCUACUAGUCUCAUGACUGACUGUGUUCAGUUUUGGCGUCUUGUCAAGUUGAAUUCUACACUCCAAAAUCGUGGAAACUGAAUGGAAGAAACGAUUCCUAGAACCAUACGAACUGAGUGAUAUUUUUCAGUCCUAUGAGGAUUGUUCAGGAGAACUGUUCAAUGUUGAUGGAUUUCUGUUUGUGGGAAUUUAAAUGGCAUUUUAUAUACCAAAUUCACGUUGGAUGCUUGAUUUAAAUUUGAAUUUUACAAACCAGCUUUUUUUUUUAAUUACGGGAAGUGGUCAGUGGUGUUACGAGAAUUUGCCUUCCCGCAACAAAAUAUCUUCAAGUAUGCGUGUACCUGAAUUUGGCUGUUGUGUUGUUUUUUUCAGUGGAAUUAAUUAAAACUGGCUAUUCUAUAUUUAUAUUGCAAGUGCAUACACGUGUAAAAGGGCAUUUAAAAAAUUUGAUCGAUGUUCUGCCCAAAUCCGUCCAAGUUUGAGUUUUAAUAUCAUGUGCUUUUGCAGGGUGUUGUAUUCAGAGAUGUGCUUGAUGAAGCUAAAGUAUAUAUGAAAUAAUUCUUAAAAUAAGUGCAUUGUGUUUUUAAUGUCUUAUAAAAUGAAGCUUUCUGCAUGUCAGAUCUUACUGUGUGCCUUGCUUGGAGAGAUUUUGUAACAAGUCUUAAAAUGUUUUUUUAUUUUAUGUAUAUCUUUGUAACAUUAAAAGUUUUUGUUACGCUGUAAUGAAUACUCGAUGGGCUGCAAGUAUGCAUAUUCACUUUUAUAAUUUUGAAGCAAAUUUUUUUUUAAUUUCAGAUUUUGUACUUUUUUUGUGAAUUUUGAACUUUUAAAGUUGACCAUUUUAUUUUCUCUCAAGGUGACUUUGAUUGAUUUCUAUGCUUUUGUAAGUUGAUGUAAUAGCCGAAUUCACAGGACAUUACUGAAACCAAUCAACUAUUUCAUGACUUUCAAAUGCUACCAUGAUUUUGCAUGUAAAAAUGUGCCAAUAAUUAAAUGCAUGUGCCAUCUUAAUGUGAAACAUGACAAUGUCGUUGCAAAAAAGGAACACCAGUUGGUAGAAUAAAACUGAAAAGAUUUAAUGUGGUUAUUUGUUAUCAGAAUACAAAAUUCAUCCAAAUUCAACAAGGUUUCAUAAUGAAGUACAGUGCAUAAGUACUUGUCCAAUUGCCCUGCAAUAAAUACAAUUCCAUAAUUUUUAAUCACACAUUUAAUUUUGUUCAAGUAUAAAAGGAAUUUGAAUUCUAUUGGUAAAUUUAUAGGGAAAUUCACCGAAAAUGGUGGGUUUGAACCAGCGGGAAAAAAACAUCAAAUACUUCAUUAUAACUGGCUUCUGUCAUGAACAAAUAUCUUGUGAGAACUUUUUGAAAUAAUUUGUGUAUUAAAUAAGUGCAUGACAACGGUUCUAAUUAUUCGUCGAAUGAAAUAGAAAGCCUGUUCUGCGUGUACUACGCAAGAAACAAAGCACUCAGAAUGAUUUUGGCAAAUUCUGGAGAAAAACCUAAA